CAACGGAUUGCGUCCCCGAACUGAUCCACUUUCUCUUCUCGGAUCUACAUCCAUUGACAUCAGCUCCGGCUCGGUAGAUGAGAAUCAUGAGGCAUAAGAAUCCCAUUGCAUCGCCAAUGGUCGUUGCAUCUUCAUUGGUGUUCACGAUUACCUCCUCACUACCACCGCCACCUUCUCUCCUCUCCCUUCACCUAAAUUCAUCACAAUGGCAUUCAAACUCUCUGUCUCUCAGCCCUCGCCGAGCAUGCGCUCUCUAGUGCGUCGUGCUGCACGCACCUCCCGCACACAGGUCCGCGGUGCUGCCACCGUUCCUUUUCGACUUCCAGCCGCUCGAAAUGAGCCAAAUCUUGACUAUGUGAAAGGCUCAUCCGAGCGAGCCAAAAUUGAGGAGAAAUUGAAGGAACUCAAAUCUCAAUUACCGCUCAAGAGCCAAAUAUACAUCGAUGGCAAGGCGCAAGCCGUCUCAAAGGCAACCGACCAGCCGCUUCCCGCAGAACACGCUACCACAUUCACCAACUACCCGUUGGCCAGUCCCGCACAAGUCAACGAAGCUAUCGACUUGGCUCUUAAGGCCAAGGAGUCAUGGCAGAACACCCCCUUCGUGGAUCGUGCCGCAAUCUUCCUCAAGGCCGCAGAGCUUGUGGCUGGAAAGUACCGAUAUGAGCUCAUCGCCGCUACGAUGCUUGGCCAGGGAAAGAAUGUGUGGCAGGGCGAGAUCGACGCUGCUGCCGAGCUCGCUGAUUUCUUCCGCCUGAACUGCAACUAUGCUGCGGAGUUGCUGGAGAAGCAGCCUGACCGCGGCACGGAUGGGAUGUGGACGCGCGUUGACUACAGGCCUCUGGAAGGAUUUGUCUACGCGGUGUCCCCGUUCAACUUCACUGCAAUUGGCGGCAACCUGAUCAGCGGCCCAGCUUUGAUGGGCAAUGUGGUGAUUUGGAAGCCUUCCCCAUCAAAUGUCUACGCUAGCGAGAUCGUGUAUAAGAUACUCCUGGAGGCUGGACUGCCUCCCAACGUUAUUCAGUUUGUCACUGGAGAUGCGGAACAGAUCACCCAAACGAUCCUGAACCAUCGCGAGUUCUCGGGUCUGAACUUCACUGGCUCGUCGGAUGUUUUCCGGUCCUUGUACAGCCAAGUCGGUGCCAACAUCGGCAAGAAGGUCUACAGGGACUACCCUCGGCUCGUGGGUGAGACCAGUGGCAAGAACUUCCACCUGGUCCACCCCACUGCCGACAUCACUAGCGCCGUAUACCACACUCUUCGCGGUUCAUUCGAGUAUCAAGGCCAGAAGUGCUCCGCCACGUCGAGACUGUACCUCCCUGAAUCACGGGCUGAAGAGUUCCUGACCAAAUUGAAGUCCGAGAUCGAUGAAAUCACCAUCGGCUCACCUGAGGACUUGGGAGCCUUCAUGGGACCUGUCAUCCACCGGGCAUCUUUCGAGAAGAUCAAGUCGGUCAUCGAUGCUAGCAACAAGGACUCCUCGCUAGAGCUGCUUGCCGGCGGUACCUAUGAUGACUCCACUGGAUACUAUGUUCACCCCACUGUUUACCGGGCCAAGGAUAUUGACCACCCUCUGUUUGACACCGAGAUCUUCGGACCAGUGUUGACAGUCUACGUCUACCCCGAUGCCGAAUGGUCGUCUAUCCUGAAGAAGGUUGACCAAAGCGGCGGUGGCUUUGCUCUGACCGGCGCCGUGUUUGCUGCUGAUCGCAAGGCCAUUCGUGAAGCCGAGGAUACCCUGCGGUACUCCGCUGGCAACUUCUACAUCAACUGCAAGACUACGGCUGCGUUGAUUGGCCAGCAAUCGUUCGGUGGUAGCCGUGCCAGUGGCACCAACGAUAAGGCAGGUAGCUCCAACGUUCUUCUGCGGUUCACCAGCCCACGGACUAUCAAGGAGGAGUUCUUCCCUUUGACCGGAUUCAAGUAUCCUAGCAACGAGUAAGAGGAAUAAGCUUGGUGGUUUUGC